GAUUGGCCAGAAACCCGACCCGUUGGGUACUAUAAUUUGGCCGGGCAUACGGGAGCGUUGGCUGCAGAAACCUAAGGUAUUUAUCAUGCAUCUCGAGGAAGAGGGGUUACACAAUGGGGUGUCGAAAAUGCCUCGCCGAGGACGGCCCAGAUUAAGAGCAAAGCGAGCCCGCUUGUCUUUGGUGCCACUCCCACCCCAUGCUUCUUGACCGAACGGGGGAUAAUAGUGUCAAAAGUGAUGCACGAGGUAUCACACCCGCGGAACUUGGGCCUGCAGGAGAUGUGACGAGCAAGCAAGGAUGUCUCUAACCUCGGAAUCUCCGCUGACCGGUCUGUGGCCACCCACCACGUGGCGAAGUACCUUUGUAUGGUUGUGCCAAUGGUUCAACGACUUCGCUCCGCUUGGAGCCCUCGGGGAAGUCGGGCGGAACAGCAAGACAGGCGAUAGUGCCGUCCACCUUCCCGACCAGCUUGUCCCCCCAAAUAAGCUCGAUCCGAGUGGCUCUCUCGAUGGCGCCCUGGCGACACACCCGCCCCGCGGUGACACUGCAGAGGAUAUCUGCGCCGCUGUCGAACUGAAGUUCCUCCUGCCGGUGCCCCCCAUUAUUGCAGCAGGGGACCACAACUCCCACCAGACCGAAAGCCAAGCGGACCCUCAAGCAUGGGCUGCCACUAACGAGGCAUCCCUGGCCCGUCGGGCUUACGAGCUGAUUGCCCAGACCAUCCAAAACCACGCGGGACAGCGAUCUGUGACCCUGCACGACAUCGUCGCCAGCGGGCACCAAGAACGGGACUUUUGGCCGACGCACUGGAUCGUCAAAAAGGCCAACUCGGCCAAACUCCUAGACGAGGACGACUACGACGACGGCCAUGAAGACAAAACACACGCGGGCCACCACUGGGUGCCCGUAGAGGUGUGCUCCCCAAAGCUCCAGUGGAAAGGCACCAAGCCAGGCACGGGACCCGCCAUCGGCGCCGUGCUCAAGGCCCUCACGGCCCGCCACCGCGGCAUCGUCGCCAACCACACCUGCGACGUGCACGUGCACGUCGGCCGCGCCGACGGCCGCCACUUCGCCCUGCCCACCCUCAAGAGGCUCGCGACUGUGCUCUGGCUCGCCGAGGACGUGCUCCGCAGCGUGCGCGACCCGGCGAGCCCCAACUUCCACAACGUCUAUACCUGGGGCGCCGAGGUGCGCAGGCACAGUCGUCUCGCUGCCGUGGUCGAGCAGCAGGACGCCGAUCGUGGGCCCACGCCGCCGCUGGAUUCGAUGGCUGGGGGCGGGGAUCUUGCCGCCGCCGCCGCCGCCACCGCUGCCGUGGAUCCGGCCGAGUAUCGCGCCAUCAGCAUGAUAUGGGAGGCGGGGUCGCACCUCGAGCUGGGCAGGUUGCUGUCCGGGUCGACGAGGCAGUAUCGUCGGCUCGGGUUCAACUUCAGCUCGCUCGGGGAGGAGGACGAGAGGGCGAGGAACGGCCCCAAGACGGUCGAGUUCCGCGUCCUCGAGGGGACGCUGCGCGAUGGCGUGGUCCUGCCGUGGACGAGAAUCUGCUGUACGCUGGUGGAGAUUGCCGUUGCGGAUCCCGAGGAUAGGUUCCGGGACGUUGUUGGGUGCCUUCUCGGGAAGGCGGGGGGCGAAGGUGGUGCUGCUGGGAUGCAGCACCGGUUCGGGGACUUUAUGCAUUGUUUGGGGAUCGCACCCGGGGUGGCUGAUGCGUUCCUGGAGAGCGUUUAUCGGGACCGUGCUGGAUAGGAGAGGACUGCAUUUUUCGUGAUUGGCUGGUUGCAUUAGUAUUCCCGCUCAUUGUUCCACGUCGUCUCACCUUCGCUUGUCAUGAUUACUGCGUCAUAGGUAUGUACCUUCCCUGGCACAUAUCUUGCCGUAUGUCUGUCUUUUGUUAUGUAUUAGUUUAUCUUCCAUCGUUUUACCUCUUCAUUGGAUCAUCGGGGGCAGGGACGGGGCUGGGAACGGGGACGAUGGCAUAUCAAGUGCAGCAAUAGAGCGUGU